AUGGCGGGCGAUGACAAGAAUCACGUAUCUGAAAAGAUCGAGUCCUCCGCGCCGACCAAAAUCUCCUACUUCCGUCUCGUCUUCGACCAAGGCGUCGUCACCCAACAGAUUAUUGACCACCCGUACCCGGGCUCAGGAACUGACGAUGACCCAUAUGCCGUGACAUGGAUCCCCGAUGAUCCCCGUAAUCCGAUGAAUUUUAGCGAGGUCAAGAAGUGGACUUUCACAAUGCUGGUCGCCAUUGCCACGCUUGCUGUCGCAUUGGUCUCCUCUGCCUACACUGGUGGUGUUGCUGAGAUUGAAGCCGAAUUCAAUAUCGGCAGUGAAGUCGCCACUCUGGGUGUCUCGCUAUUCGUUUUGGGCUUUGCAAUUGGACCGUUGCUUUGGGCUCCGCUUUCCGAACUUUUUGGCCGGCAAAUUCUAUUCACCACGACAUACUGCGCCCUGACUGCUUUCAACGCUGGCUGCGCCGGAUCUAAGAAUGCCUGGACUCUUAUCAUUCUCCGUUUCUUCGCCGGUGCUUUUGGAUCCUCCCCUCUGACCAAUGCUGGAGGUGUCAUUGCCGACAUGUUCCCCGCGAAGCAAAGAGGUGUCGCAAUGAGUCUCUUCGCCGCUGCGCCGUUCCUUGGACCCGUCCUGGGCCCUAUCAUCGGUGGUUUCCUGGGCAUGAACGCCGGCUGGAAGUGGGUGAUGGGCUUCCUCGCUGCGUUUGCAGGUGCUGUCUGGAUUAUGGGCUCUCUGCUGAUUCCCGAGACAUAUGCGCCUGUGCUGCUCCGCCGUCGCGCUGAGAAGCUUUCCAAGCUCUCUGGCAAGAUCUAUCGCAGCAAGAUCGAUAUUGACCAGGGCAAGGUUUCUCUCAAGGAAUCCUUCAAGAUUGCUCUAUCUCGCCCCUGGAUUCUGCUCUUCCGCGAACCUAUUGUGUUCUUGCUGUCCCUCUACAUGGCUAUUGUAUACGGGACUCUGUACAUGAUGUUUGCCGCCUUCCCUAUUGUCUACCAGGUCAACCGUGGCUGGAACCAGGGUAUUGGCGGUCUGGCCUUCUUGGGUAUCAUGGUUGGCAUGCUGAUUGCCGUGGUUUAUACUCUCUGGGACAACAAGCGCUACAUCAACACCCAAGAGAAGCAUGAUGGCUUUGCACCCCCCGAAGCCCGCCUGCCACCUACCAUGAUCGCCUCUAUCGCUAUCCCCAUCGGUCUCUUCUGGUUUGCGUGGACCAACUACCCCUCGAUCCACUUCAUGGCCAGUAUCGCAGCUGGUGUGCCUUUCGGUUUUGGCAUGGUUCUGGUCUUCUUGGGUAUCAUGAACUACCUGAUUGACGCCUACACGAUCUUUGCUGCCUCCGUCUUGGCCGCCAACAGUGUCCUGCGUUCCUGCUUCGGUGCCGCCUUCCCUCUGUUCACCACCUACAUGUACGAAAACCUGGGUAUCCAUUGGGCGUCUUCGAUCCCCGCCUUCUUGGCUCUAGCCUGCGUGCCUUUCCCCUUCCUGUUCUACAAGUACGGCGCCGCCAUUCGCAAGCGCUGCAAGUUCGCCGCCCAGUCCGACGCCUUCAUGCGCAAGAUCCAGGAACAAGCUACCACGACCGUCGAUGUCGAGGAGGAAGAGGAGACCAAGUACGAUCGCACUGAAGCUCCUGGCCCGGUCGAGUCUCUCUCCAGCGAAUCUUCCUCCCACAUAAACGAGAUCCCCGCAACCGAGCGCAUUCGCAGCCGUGCUCACUCCCUUGCGUCCACCCGCACUGCGGGCUCGCUGCAUCGUGUGCCGACUUACGAAGGCAACCCGUACGAUGUUGACCGAGUCAACACUCGGGAGUCCUUCAAGAACUAA